AUGUUGAGAUUAGCCUCCAAGUACACUCCAGUCAAGACUCAAUUGAGAUCAUUAUCCUCGACCUCUGCCUUGUUGAAGGCCACCAGAAUCGAAAGCGAUGCUUUUGGUGAGAUCGAAGUGGAUGCCUCCAAGUACUACGGUGCCCAAACCGCCAGAUCCAAGCACAACUUCAAGAUCGGAGGUCCUGCUGCUCGCAUGCCACUCCCAGUGGUCAGAGCUUUCGGUGUGUUGAAGAAGUCUGCUGCCAUCGUCAACGAAGAACUCGGAGCUUUGGACCCCAAGCUCUCUGCUGCCAUCCAACAGGCUGCUACUGAAGUCGCUGAGGGUAAGUUGGACGACCACUUCCCCUUGGUGGUAUUCCAAACCGGUUCUGGUACCCAGUCCAACAUGAACGCCAACGAAGUCAUCUCCAACAGAGCCAUCGAGAUCUUGGGAGGUGAAUUGGGCUCCAAGAAGCCUGUCCACCCCAACGACCACUGUAACAUGUCGCAGUCGUCCAACGAUACCUUCCCCACCGUGAUGCACAUUGCUGCUGUCACCGAAAUCUCUCACUCCUUGAUCCCAGAAUUGACCAAGUUGCGUGAUUCCUUGCAAGCCAAGUCUGAAGAGUUCAAGGAUAUCAUCAAGAUCGGAAGAACCCACUUGCAAGACGCCACUCCUUUGACCUUGGGCCAGGAGUUCUCUGGUUACGUCCAGCAAUUGACCAACGGCAUCGAAAGAGUCGAAAAGACCUUGCCAAACUUGCAGUUCUUGGCCCAAGGUGGUACUGCUGUGGGUACUGGUUUGAACACCAGAAAGGGCUACGACGUCAAGAUCGCUGAAACCGUUUCCAAGUUGACUGGCUUGCCAUUCAAGACUGCUCCAAACAAGUUCGAAGCUUUGGCUGCCCAUGACGCUAUCGUGGAAGCCUCCGGUGCCUUGAACGUCGUGGCUGUUUCCUUGUACAAGAUUGCCAACGAUAUCAGAUACUUGGGCUCCGGUCCAAGAUGUGGUUACGGCGAAUUGUCCUUGCCUGAAAACGAGCCAGGCUCGUCUAUCAUGCCUGGUAAGGUCAACCCAACCCAAAACGAAGCCUUGACCAUGGUCGCUACCCAAGUGUUCGGUAACCACUCUGCCAUCACCUUUGCUGGUGCCUCUGGUCAAUUCGAAUUGAACGUGUUCAAGCCAGUGAUGAUCUCCAACUUGUUGAGCUCCAUCAGACUCAUUGCUGACGGUUCUGCUUCCUUCAGAGAACACUGUGUGGACGGUAUCCAAGCCAACGUCGACAAGAUCGAAAAGACCUUGCACGAGUCCUUGAUGUUGGUGACUGCCUUGAACCCAAAGAUUGGUUACGAUGCUGCCUCCAAGACCGCUAAGAACGCUCACAAGAAGGGUUUGACCUUGAAGGAAUCCGCCUUGGAAUUGGGAGUCUUGUCGGAAGAAGAGUUUGACCAAUGGGUCAGACCAGAAAAGAUGAUUGGUCCAAAGGAUUAG